GCAGAUCACACCCCAGACGCUACAGCAGCAGCCUAUUGCCAGAGUCACAAUGCAGAAAUACACUCUCUUGCUGGUCUGUCUGGUAGCAGCUGCUACUGCGUACACAACCAAGUACGACAAUAUCGACCUGGACGACAUCCUGCAUAACGACCGCCUGCUCAAGAAGUACCACGAGUGCCUCCUCUCUGAUAGCGACGCCUCCUGCACGCCUGAUGGGAAGGAGCUCAAGGCCGCCGUCCCUGAUGCGCUGACCAACGAGUGCGCCAAAUGCAACGAGAAGCAGAAGGCUGGUGCCGAGAAGGUGAUCAGGUUCCUUAUCAAGGAGAAGCCCGACCUGUGGACGCCGCUGGAGAACAAGUACGACCCCACCGGCACCUACAGGCAGAAGUACGGCGAGGAGCUGAAGAAGGUCUCCGCCUAGACUCCUGCAUCUACUAGUCUAUGCUACUGUGAUAUCAGCAAAUCAAUAUCUCAUGUAAUCAAUUUUUUCCAUUGCCAUAUGCUCAUCUUCAUUAAUAAAUAAUUAAUAAACAAUGGAAAA